AGCCGCGCCCCUCUGCCCGGCGGGAGGGCCCUGCGCCUCGAGGAAGGGGGGUGACGCUCCCCAGCCCCGCACUACAUCCCCCAUUGCCCCCAGCCUCCCCCGAGUCUCUGGAGGGCGCCAGGUUGGGGAAGGCCAGGCGGGGGAGGCGAGGAAGAGGAGGAGGAGCGGGGCUUCUCCCGGGGAGGAAGACCGACGAGGAGGGGUCUUUCCAGAUCCAAAGCCAGCCCCUUCCCCAUAAUGGGGAGGCAUCUCUUGUGCAGAGCCCUCUUUUGCGGCGGGGGUCCACUGGGGUGAAGCAGCCCCCCAUGCUUACAUAAAUAAAGGGGUGGGGUACCCUUGCCAGGCAGUCUGCCCUCCCCCCACUGUAUGGGGGGGGCUGUCCCUGGGACUGUUGUCCCUGCUAAGACAAGGAGCCCAGGGGGCGAUGAACCCCACAAGCAGACCCCCCCCCCAUCCCUCUGAUGGGACAGGAGGGCAUACAAAAAGGGAAGGGGGUCCUCCAGGUGUGGAAAACCGCCAUUCCCAGCCUUCUCAGCCAGACUGCUGGGACUUGUAUUCCACCCCCAUCCUUUUGGGGGUGGGGUGGGGUUGUGUGACUUUUGGGAGAUGGCCAGGGUCCUCGCACACCUUCACACUGAUCCUCCUCAGGUGGUGGUGAAUCCGCCUCUUCCCCUGGAUCUGCACAAUACAUGGACUUGUAGGUUCACACAACCAGUAUGUUAUUUGGGCCGGUUGUGAGAACAUCACCAUCAGUCAUUUUAGGCGCAUCGGUGGGGUUUUUCCUCUUGGGGAAAAUCCCUCUCUGGUUCCAGGGACAAACUACGGUUGAUAUCGGGAACCAGCGAAGGGCAGCCGGGCCAUUCUGUUUAAACCAAUGCUAGAUUUAGAAGUUCUUCCCGAACGAUCUCUUGGGAAUGAACAAUGGGAAUUCACCCUGGGAAUGCCAUUGGCUCAGGCUGUAGCAAUUGUUCAGAAACACUGUCGUAUCAUAAAAAAUGUCCAGGUUCUCUACAGUGAACAAUCUCCUCUCAGCCAUGACCUCAUCCUUAACCUGACUCAGGACGGAAUCAAACUGCUAUUUGAUGCUUUCAAUCAAAGAUUGAAGGUGAUUGAAGUUUAUGACUUGACUAAAGUGAAGUUAAAGUACUGUGGUGUCCAUUUUAACUCUCAAGCUAUUCCUCCUACCAUUGAACAAAUUGAUCAGUCUUUUGGAGCCACGCAUCCAGGAGUUUACAACUCUGCUGAGCAACUUUUCCAUCUCAACUUCAGGGGCCUGUCUUUUUCCUUUCAGUUGGACUCCUGGACCGAAACUCCAAAGUAUGAGCCAAACUUUGCCCACGGCUUAGCCUCUCUGCAAAUCCCACACGGGGCAACUGUGAAACGCAUGUACAUCUACAGUGGAAAUAGCCUACAGGAUACGAAGGCACCUAUGAUGCCACUCAGCUGUUUCCUCGGAAACGUGUAUGCAGAAUACGUUGAUGUUUUGCGAGAUGCCGCUGGACCCUCAGGUUUACGACUGCGAUUACUCACUGCAGGUUGCGGUCCUGGUGUGUUAGCCGAUGCCAAAAUACGGGUAUCUGAGCGUUGUGUGUAUUUCGGUGAUUCGUGCCAAGAUGUUCUGAGCACUUUGGGGUCCCCUCACAAGGUUUUCUACAAAUCUGAAGAUAAGAUGAAAAUCCAUUCCCCUUCGCCUCACAAGCAAGUCCCUUCAAAGUGCAAUGAUUUUUUCUUCAACUACUUCACGCUUGGAGUGGACAUCCUUUUUGAUGCAAAUACUCACAGAGUGAAGAAGUUUGUUUUGCAUACCAAUUAUCCUGGUCAUUAUAACUUUAACAUUUAUCACCGUUGUGAAUUCAAGAUCCCACUCGUUAUUAAACGAGGUAAGAAAGAGGAAUCUUUGCCAAAAGAAAGCACUGAGUCACAGACGGAAACCUGCACGACAUAUAGCAAGUGGGAUAAUAUUCAAGAGCUUCUUGGACAUCCUGUGGAAAAACCCGUAGUUCUUCACAGGUCGUCCUCCCCCAACAACACAAAUCCAUUUGGAUCAACCUUUUGUUUCGGAUUACAACGGAUGAUCUUUGAGGUGAUGCAAAAUAACCACAUCGCGUCCGUCACCCUUUACGGCCCGGCCCGGCCCACCAUCCAGAUCAAGACCUUGGACCUUCCCCAAAGAUGCGGCAUAAAUGCAAAUGGUUUGGCUUUGCAGAGUUGGAUGGUGGAAGAGCUUCCGAAAAGAACUCAGCAAGAACUCCACAACUUAGAAGCACAAGUAUCUCAGCCUUGGGCAUCUGGAAGCAGGUUUCUUUAUAUAUAGAUAGAUAGAUAAAUGUAUAUGUAUUUUUCCCCCCUUUCUUUCCCAUCUGUGUUUGCGUUCCACGUAUUCAGAGUCACGUUCCUGUGUUUUAUUUUGCUUCCGGGGAGGGGGAAAGGAAUAAGACAAGAAUAUGGAUGGAUACAGACUCACACAGAGCUCAUGUAUAGGUGUGUGUGUGUGUGUGUGUUAAAAAAAUUCAUGGGUAUUUCGGUAGCUUGGGAUAUCACACCAGGCUCGGCUCACAGGAAGAGACAAGUCAGUCAUUGGAUGUUGGAAACGAGGCACAAAGCAACCUAAAGACUUGGUGGUCAUAUAUAUAUGUGUAUAUAUAUUUGCACUGCAUACACUUUAAUUACUUGACCAGAUCUUUACCAAGUGCUGGGCGUGAGUGGAGGCUGGGAUAAGUGUUUGCCACACCUAAAACAGUGGAAGAGAAUCCGAUGCAAUUUUUUUCUGCACUAAUGCUUACUUGACGCAAUGAAGCAAUUUUGUCGUCUGCCACGUUGGGUGAACUAAACCCCACUUUCCGGGGUUGGAGAGAAGAAACAAAACUCGAGUUAGAUGAUUCCUACGAAUUAUGCUUUUAGGAAGAGUUCGGAUAUAUUUUUUUUUCUUUUGUAUGCAAAACAGAUAAAUAAUAUACAUUCUCCGAAGAGGGAUGCGGCUACCUUAACUGUCCUCAGUGUGACAUGGAUCUGAUUGCAAAGUCUGAUUUCCUUGUCUCGUAAACAAGUUUAGUGGGGAAAUUAGCGCUGUUCAUACCAGAUUCCUUUUUUUUUUCCUCACAUAUAUCCUGCUGAGGUGAAAUGGAAAACAUGUCGCCUUAAAUGCACAGGAAUUUUCCCGGGGACUUUUUGAGGAGCACCAAUCCAGGAGGAGAAAUUUCUGGUUUGUCUUAACUUGUAGCACUGCAGAACGAGGACUGCCUCUGUUUUUUUUUUUAAUUUAAUGCCAAAAUUUUAGCCAAAGAGAUCUUUAAUCUAGUUUCAACAUUUCUACGUGUAUAGAUAGACAUAGAUAGGAAAAGAGAUCAGUGCUGGGCAGGUCCACAUCCUCCAUCUGUGGCAGGGGGAAAAAAAUAAUUUAGUGACGUCUAGUUAAAGUUAUUUAACACUUGUUAUUUCAAGAAGAUUUUAAGGGAACGCCUGUGAUUCUUUUGCUGCUUUUUGUCUAAAAAAAAGUAAAUAAUAAAUGGUCUUGCUUUUCUUUUGAUUGCAACCCUUUUUACAACAGCCGAGAGAAUUUAAAAAAAAAAAAAAAAACCCGCACAGAGAGAAGUUUAUAAUUUUAUCCCAUUUUUUUUAAUAUUUUGGUGUAGCAACUUGUGAUAUAAAUUAUAGAUGAUUUUUGUGAGUUUUAAAACUGUGUAUAAAUACAGAUUUUUGUAAAUACAAAAAGAAAAAAAAACAUUUUGUAAUUUUAAUUCUGUGUACAGUGAAAGCGUGUAUAAAUUUAUCCACAAAUGAGGAAUAGGGAAUUUCAGAGUGUUAAAAAAGUUAUCAAUCCUGGACCGGUAGCAGGAUAAAUGUUGUCUGGGUUUGCUGUAAAUUAGUGUAUGUGUGAGUGUGUGUGUUUGUGUCCCUCCUUUUUGUCAUUCAGUCCUCUACACACUGUUGGACUAAUAAAUAAAUAAAUCAAGGAAGCCCCAUUGGGCUAACAGGAAAAAAUGGUUUAGGGUUUACCUUUAUUCUUAAAUGUUUCUCCAACUCUUGUUUUUCCUUGGACAGUUGCUUGCUAAGAAAUUUCCUUUUCUUUUAUCUCAUGAAUUUUUGUUUUCAUAAUUCCCCUGUAAAUUCUCUGAAAUGUGUUAACAUCUAGCAUGUACAUUCAAAGGACAAAUAAACAAGACCCAGUUGCUGUGUUUAGUUACAGUGGCUGAGUAUAUGUACUUUGCAA